CCGUGAUCCAGCCAGACACGAGCCCGUCCAAAGACGAGCUCACUCGCUCCCUACCUAGCAACGAUGGCGUCGGUGCCGUUGCUGAAACCACACUCACACUGCUCUGCUCUGCCCUCAGUGAUACGAUGCGGCCCAGCGACCGUGCACGCGCAGAGGUCGGCCGGAAGAAGUGGCGCCGCCGCGCUGAAGGCGAGGGCGUUCCCACUGGACGUGGUGCCGCUGAUGGUGACGAUGGUGGAGCACGUGGACAACCAGAGGGACUGGGUCGUCACCAAGUCCAUCUGGCAUCUCAGCGACACGGCCAUCAAGAGCUUCUAUACCUUCUACGCCAUGUUCACAGUCUGGGGCAUCUGCUUCUUCGGGUCCAUGAAGGACCCUUUCUACGACAGCGAGUACUACAGGGAGCAAGGCGGUGAUGGCACCGUGCACUGGUACUACGACAGGCAAGAGGACUUGGAGGCGUCUGCGAGGGAGGAGCUGUUGAGGGAGGAUCUGCUUGAGGAGAUUGAGAAGAGGGUUGGAGGGCUGAGGGAACUCGAGGAAGCGGGCAUCAAGUGACGCGCGCCUAUGCAUGGAUUAGUAAAUACAUACAGUAUAACCUUAUUAGCUUUUGCUUUCCACCCCUGAAGUUUGGGUGCAAAGCCGGAACUCUUCGAUGUACUACAAACUACGCAUAGCAAGUUCAUUUCAAAACGGCAGUGCGAUAGGCAUUGUAUAAAUUAACAAAGCUAUAUAUGCUUUCUACAUCUAUGAAUUUUUUUCA